AUGACACCUCUGAACAGCCCAGCACCUCCCCUCAUCUCCUUCAUGUCCCUGCCCACUGAUACCGAUGCUGGCCGGGCCAACCUCAGCCUGAGAGUGACAGCAGAGGAACCCAUCCAUGGCCUCCGUGCUACGCCUGUUCCGGAGGCCCGGGUACUACAGGGUGCCCUAGUGCGGUACAGCCCUGUGGUGGAGGCUGGCUCCGAUGUGGUCUUUCGGUGGACCAUUGAUGAUAAGCAGUCCCUGACUUUCCACAAUGUUGUCUUCAAUGUCAUCUACCAGAGUGCUGCCAUCUUCAAGCUCUCACGCUGGGCUGCACGUACCUUUAGCAAUAAGACUCUGGUGCUGGAUGAGACUACCACAUCCACAGGCAGCUCAGACAUGCGACUAGUGCUGCGGCGCGGAGUGCUGCGGGAUGGUGAGGGCUACACCUUCACGCUCACCGUGCUGGGCCACUCGGGAGAGGAGCAGGGCUGUGCCUCCAUCCGCCUCUCGCCCAACCGCCCCCCACUGGGGGGUGCGUGUCGCCUCUUCCCACUGGAUGCAGUGCGCGCCCUCAUCACCAAAGUGCACUUUGAAUGUGUGGGUACCACAGCCCACGUGGGCAUCAUGCUGUAUGGAGCAGAUAGCCGGAGUGGCCACCGACACCUGGACGGGGACAGGGCCUUUCAUCGCAACAGCCUGGACAUCUUCCGGAUUGCCACCCCACACAGCCUGGGCAACGUGUGGAAGAUCCGUGUGUGGCACGACAACAAAGGGCUCAGCCCCGCCUGGUUUCUGCAGCACAUCAUCGUCAGGGACCUGCAGAGUGCCCGCAGUACCUUCUUCUUGGUCAAUGACUGGCUGUCUGUGGAGACGGAGGCCAAUGGUGGCCUAGUGGAGAAGGAAGUGCUGGCUGCAAGUGAUGCAGCCCUGUGGCAAUUCCAGCGCCUCCUAGUGGCAGAGCUGCAACGUGGUUUCUUUGAUAAGCACAUCUGGCUCUCCCUAUGGGACCAGCCAGCUCGGAGUCGCUUUACUCGUGUCCAGAGGGCCACCUGCUGUGUCCUCCUCAUCUGCCUCUUCCUGGGUGCUAAUGCUGUGUGGUAUGGAGUCGUGGGAGAUGCCACCUACAGUGUGGGGCCCGUGUCCCAUCUGAUCCCACCAAGUGUUGAUACAGUUGCCACUGGCCUGGUGUCCAGUGUGGUUGUCUAUCCCGUCUACUUGGCCGUCCUGUUCCUCUUCCGGAUGUCCCGGAGCAAGGUGGCUGGUGGCCCAAACCCCAGCCCUACAAGGCAGCGGGCACUGGAGCUGGACAGCUGCCUGGACUCGUCUCUUCUGGACAGCUCCUUCCUCACAUUCUCGGGCCUCCGCACUGAGGCUCCCUGCCCAGCCACCAGCAGGACCCUUUUAGGACGCAACCCAGACCAAGCCAGUCCUCCAUUCCCACGCCUUCCCAGGGUUCUCAUCUUUCUUGGAGUUCAGUUGAACACUUUCGUGUGCAGCCCCUUUCUGCAACUGGAGAAGUGCAGGUGCCUCCACGAGAGAGCUCGCUCAGGGCACGCAGGGAGACGAUGCCCCGACUCAGACUGGGACUCAGGACUGAACUGUGCACGCAGAGGCCCUGUCCGGUUCUACUCAUUGCUAUAGCCCAGGUCCUAGCACAGGACCCCAUACACAGUAUGCACCUCAUAAAUGUUUACUUGUUGACUGACACUUCUCAGAGGCUCUGAAAGGUGGGGAGGUGGCCACAGAACAGAAGUGAGAGAAGAAGUGAGCCUGCCAGGGGCCUGGCCAGACAGCAGCACAGACAGAGAAAAGGCACUGAAUGAGGACCACUCAGCUGCCAGGGGCCUCCCUCUUGUUUGCCAAAGAUUAAAACUAGACCUGUAUCUCUCACCGUGCACUAAAGUCAAAAUGGAUUAAAGAUU